AUGGAAAAAGAAGUCGAGAAAAAUAUACGCGACGAGAGUAGUGAAUAUAAGCAGUGUAUCCAACCUCAAUCUGCAACUUGCUCGUGCAUUGUAAAAGAAGUGAAACAGAAUACUACAGAUGCAAAAAAAGUAUUGAAGAUAGCUCAUUUAACUCGCGAUCCUAUGAUAGUACCUGGUCAAGCGCAGCCACCACCGCUGCCACCCAUACUACCUCCCCCUCAUCCGCCGGAGUUCUUACCACAGGAUGCUGAUCCGCAAGACCCACCGACAUGUUUAAUCUGUUUGAAUGAUGUCCAACCCAAUGAACCAAUUCUUACUUGUAGGGUGUGUUAUAAAGUAUUUCAUUAUGGUGAGCUCCUCACAUGGCUAACUAACCGCCGGAACCUUAGAGAACGUGAAAACUGUCCCAAUUGUCGCACGGAUAUGGGAUGGGUACUUAAUCCCCCACCUUUACCACAGCCUCCACCUCCACCCCCACCUCCACCUGCUGAUAACUUCGAUGGUGACGCUCCUCUCGGUGUUCAACCAGCUGAAUUAGAUAACAUUAACAAUUGGGAUAUCAAUGGGAUGAUACUGGAUAGAUGA